CAUUGUAUUUUACCCUUCAGAUAAAACUAAGUGAAAAGCGUUAAUAGUUGUUAAAUUUAAGCGAAAGCUAUCUUCUGUUAUCUGAAUUCAUUAUAUGAAAAUACCAGGGAAUACCAUGUUGCCUCCCACGGAAAUACACAUCAUACAGAAAGACAAAGCUAUCGACAGGGGUGCAAGAAGACGAGAAAAAAGCCGUGAUGCAGCUAGAACUCGUCGACAGCUAGAAUCUGAUACAUACAAUGAGAUAUGCAAAGUCAUCCCGAUUCCAAACAAACAAUUGGCUCAGAUGGACAGAUCCACAGUCAUGCGCCUUCUGAUCAGUUUUAUGAAACUGAGAAACAUUAUAAAUUCUGCAGAUUUGGUUAAACAACCUGAAGUAAAGCAAGAGGAUUUGGAUGUUAUACCAAAUGAUGACGAAUACAUCAAUGCUUUGAAUGGAUUUAUCAUCGUUUUAUCCCAUGACUGUGAUUUACUCUACGUUUCUACGAACGCAAAACAAUAUAUUGGAAUCACAAGUCUUGAUCUCAUUGGCCAAAAUUUGUUUGGUUACACUCAUGAAGGUGACCAUGGCGAGAUUACAAACUGCCUGAAAGCUAGCUCAGAAGAAACAGAAAAUUGCUCAUUUUUUAUGAGAAUGAAGAGCACCUUGACAUCUUCUGGCAAAAAUGUAAAUCUCAAGUCCGCUACAUACAAGGUUCUAAAGUGCGAUGGAGUAGUUCACCAUUCCACUGAACCAAAUGACACGUACAUGGUUGCCUAUUGUGAACCUAUACCACAUCCAACCAAUAUUGAAAUGGUUUUGGAUCAUAGUACUUUUUUAAGUCGCCACAGUCUUGACAUGAAAUUCACAGUGUGUGAAAGGGUCAAUGAUCUGUUAGGAUAUUCGGAAGAAGACAUGAUUGGAAAGUCAUUCUAUGAUUUCUGCAACACAGAAGAUUUGAAAACAAUCGAAACAUUGAUGAAAAAAUUAUUUCGUCUCGGCCAAGUUACCACAAAUCACUAUCGGAUGUUAGCGAAGUAUGGUGGUUAUGUCUGGGUAAUUUCACAAGCUACAAUCAUCAAUAAUCCGAGGAAUCAACAACCAUCAUACGUCGUAUGUGUGCAUUAUGUCAUCAGUGACAUCAUAAACAGUGGAUCGAUCAUGUCACUUUCUCAGCUCGGCUUCUUUGAAUCUAAAGUUCCUAAACUUGUCAAACAAGAAGCAGAAGACUUAUCUGAUGAUCAGCUCGGCCCACUAGAUUGUACAGAUGAAAUUUUCUGCGACAGCACAGACUCUAUAUUUUGCAGCUUCGCUCCUGAUGGUAACGAUGAUGUGAAUUUAGGAGGUGAUGUAAACAGUCAUUUGGAUAUUCCAUUGGAGGUGAUGGCACAGAAUGCUCCCUCUAUCGGAGAUGAAAUUGACUUCUCUGAUAUUAAUUUCUCAGAAACAUUUGGAGUUGAAUCGAUUGAAAGCCUAUGUAACAAUGCACCUUCCAUUGGAGACCCACAAUUCAGUGUUCCUUCUAGCCAAGGAGAUUUUGGCACUCUCUUCCCAGAAGUGAAUGUAAAUAUUGACAAUAUCAACGGUUUGAAGGACAACUAUCCUAAUCGUGGAUUCAGGGGUCCUCAAAUGUCCCCUCAGCAUACAGCAGUGACUUCUCAUUCUCUCACACCAUCACCUCCUGAGGAUCCAAAACGGAAGUUACCAGACAUGAGAUUUCAAUUACUGACUAUUCCGAGAUCACAAUAUCAACAGCAUAUGAACUUCCAGCCACAGAAGCGACGAGUAGACAUCGAUGGGAGCGUGUACAAAGCAAACCCACCCGAAUUUAGUCCCCUUGCAAAAAGGCAAAAAAUUUCGCAAUGUUUUGAGUCUUAUGACCCAAUGCCACAGGACCUGCCUGCACCCUAUAAAGCUCAACGAAAUGUUCCUGAUGCUACAAAACUACUUCUCAGUGGACACACUCAAAGAGACAAAUCAUCUUUGAUGUCUUUAUUACUGCAACCUGGCAACAGUUGCGAUAAUGCUUAUUUGGAUCGAAGUACGGAUCAGAGGGAGUCGUGCAGUGACAGGGAUUGCUCUCGACCCCUUGGACCCACGUCUAAGAUUAACACAAGCUCUUUACUGCCUGUUCUGUCAGUGCACGAUUGUGAAGUGAACGCACCAAUCAACAAAAAUCUUUCCACCAUGGAUUGGAUGACAAUCGCAUCAACAUUGGGCAUAUAGCAGUGGAUCAAUUCGAUCUCCCAUCUUUGUUAUACUUUAUGACAUUGGGAAACAGAUGUAUACUACAACGGCUUGUAAAAUAUUCUCACAUUUCUAUUGUGUGCUGCUUGUUUGUGUCUAUGUCUACUAUGAUCUGAAUUCCUAUCGAAGCCAAUAGGUUGCUUGUGUGAUCGCAACCGUGUCGAGGCCCAAUUUCUUGGUGAAAAUAGACGUCUGACUGAACCGGCUGACAAAUUAGUACAAAGUGGCCAACAUUGGCAUCAAACACUUUGACAAUUUUUAUAAUGAACACUGAACAUAAUAUAUAUGACAUGUUUUGGUGUCAUGUGGCGUAAUAUUGAUUCCUGGACUUGUUGACAAUAUCAAGAUGAAAAAUGUUUUGAAAAUUUUCUAUUGUCUAAUUUUGGAAAAAAGAUUUUUUAAAUUCAAUUCGAUCUAAAUUCACGAGACAUCCAGUUAAAGACUGGAAACCCACUUGAAAAUUAAUGUUUAAUCCUAUUUCCUAACUAAAAACAUAUCAUUGUCUUGUUGAGUUUUAUCGUCUAAUUCAACAAUGGGCGCUCCUGAAGUAUGUUUACCAAUAUGAAGGUAACUAACUUUGUUCGCCUACUUUACAUCAAGUUGUGUAAAGGGACUGAAACCUAUGGGCUGGGGGUAUAUUCGCCUGUCCCCGAACUCUUAAUAGAACUAAAAUAAGGAAAAUCAGAAUAAAAUAUGGCCUAACCCUAACCCGGUGCACACACUAUGGGAGUACCGACAAUUUUUAUAAGGAACGUUAAACAAAUAUAAAUAAAUGACUUGUUUUAUUGUCAUGUGCCAAAAUAUUGAUCCUUGGACUUGUUGACGUUUGAAAAUAACCAAGAUAAUAAUAAAAAUUGAAAAUGGAAUAAUUUUCUAUGGAUUGUCCAAUUUUUGGAAAAUUUAAUUUAAAUUUAUGAGACAUACAGUUAAAGACUGGAAACCCACUUGGAAAUGAAUGUCUGCGCCUAUUUCUUAACUAAAUCUCUUUUUAAUUGCAUAUCAGUAUCUUGUUGAAUUUUAUCGUUCAAUUCAACGACGUUUAUUCUUUUUACCCAAAGAAUUUAUUUAGUGCAUCUGUACAUAUGUCUAGCUUUUUUAACUUGUGUGUGUUUAUGUUUCAUGAAAUUGUUCAUAAUGUGUUUUUACAAGAAAAAUGAGCCCUUGUACCUAAUCGACCAUAGAACGUCAAGCAAUACUUGUACCUCAUCCAAUCAUGGCAUAAUUCCUAUUGAAAUUAUACGAACUCCCCUUCAUACUUUUGAACGAUACUCAAUGAAUAUUUGAUUGAACAAAAUAAAAAAGAUGAAUGCAAGUAUUGAAAAUAGGUGUAUCAAAAUUGUAUCUGUUCAAACUGGAAUGGGUAGAUUGCUACUUAUUUAAUAUUUGAUGUUAUCCAGUGGUGGGAUUCAAAUUUUUUGUCAGCCGGUUCCUUCACAAAAGUUGUAUUUUUCAGCCGGUUCUGUUACGAACAGAACAUUGACAGUAACCAGUAAUGCUAACCGGUUCACUGACCUCACAAAAUUCAGUGAGACAUUUCUAUAGAACGGGUGCGAACCGGCUGAAUCCCACCACUGAUGUUAUGCUAAAGUGACUAAUUACUCUAGCUACAUGUUAAAAAUGUGGUAUCAUUGUAUGAAAUUGAAUCAGCACUCUCUAAUUGGCCCAAUGUGGCACCAUCACAGAGCGAUCUAAAGAUGUUUAUAGUCGCAUGGCAAAGUGAGGGUUUUAUUUGGUUAACGUACAUCAAGAUUGCUACAUCUUGUAAAUUCUUUUUUCUUGUUUCAGUAUAGCAGUAAUGUUUGAGUUGAUAAAAGCCUAGAAAAUGGCCCAAAUAAGUUUCCUCGAAUGAUUUCACAACCAAUUACAACGAUUUUGAAACUUGAUGAGUAAGAUUUCUAGAUUAUGGUGCAAUGCCAAUCAAUAAUGUUCCGUUUGACCUACUGGCCAACUAGGACUUACAAUAUAAAAAAAUCAGCAUUUUAUAUUUUUUCAUCUAUAAUUCGCCUGAAAUAAUUCAUUCGGGCACCUUCUUAUAAUAUAUUUUAAUUGACUAAUUUCUUGCUCUCUUUUUUACUUUUUGAGCAGAUGUGGGAUAAAAUCGAGAAAGAAAAGCAGAUACCACCCACUGCGCACCCAGCAGUCCUGUUAGAAAGCUUCUGCUAGGGAUAUGUUUUCUGGUUCCAGUUAUAUUUAUGUAGCUUUUAGCACCUGGUGUUGCCUGCUACUUUUUUUACAUUGCUAUUAAUUUUGUGAUUGUAAUCUUCCCGUGGAAAUUUUUAUUAGGGCUAUGAAUAGAAGGAAGGGACCUUGUUAUAUUAGACCUAAAAAUUUUGAUGAAGACCUAAAGAUAUAUUUUACUUUGAAAAAUUCGAAUUUUAUAUUGUGAGAUAUUUUUUGUCAUCUGCUGUACAGUUAUGUUUUGUGACUAUUUUGCUUACAAAGAUUUCUAAUAUGAAUAUCUUUAAAAUGUCAUAGUCCAGAGGUGACCAAUACAUUGAUAUUGUAAGUUGA